AUUUGCCGUUGUAAAGAUGCCGGUGCCCGGCCGACCUUAGAUCUAUUCCACCAAUUUUUAAGGUAGCCCCUCAACAAACACACGGCUAUUUGGCCACGUGUGCCCGAACAGGACAUAUCCUGUUCAAGGGCAAUCCGACUUCAAUCAAGGGGUGGAAAGAUCAGUUCUUCUUUGUGUCUGUCCCGGACGGCCUAGUUCCCCGCAAAUGGAAUGCCUUUCCUCGCAAAUCUCCUGAUCCAGUUCUUACUGAGGAAAUUUACAAGGAUGUGCUUGCUGUGGAGAAAGAUAAAUGUGUGGAUAUCAUGAGUUAUCUGACUCCCAAUCGGCUAAUCGAAGCCGGGAUAGGUACUGCCCGUUCUCUUGGGUUUACUUGUUUUGAGAAAUCAAGUGUCAUGGUCCGGGCGGUCCUUCCCGUGCGAGAAACGUUUUCUUCUUUCUUGUUUCCCACGUGCUAAGGUCCGCUCGGUACUAAUAUUUUCCUUUGUUAUUUUUUAGCUCUCAACCCGGACGUACCUAUGGACAACAGCAGAGUUCUUACAGCUGGUGGGGUUGGCAAACGGAAGAAAGCCAGGAAGAACCCUCAACCUACUCCUUCCAUAACUACCAUUCAGGAUGCUGGAACUUCUCAACCCGUUCCAGAACCACAACCACUGCAACAAGUCCAUCAGGACCAAUUUGAUGCUAUGCUGGUCGACGAACGGUUUGGUUCUGAUCAGAUGCAUCGUUUUCCUGAGCACUUCCAGAUCGCUCAGGAGACUGGUCAGGGUGCGGGUGAUAUGCCCACCAUCCAUCUAUCUGGUCAGGUUGAUCGGAUCUCACUGGCGGAUUCGGUUCAUGAAGUUGUGGGAAAAGGUGGAUGUUCGGCAAGCCAGAUUUGGUCUACCUCUGCUUUCUUCAACAAUUUCACUGUUCCCACGCUGUCGGUCGAGCAAUCUGAGGAAUGCUUGGUCUUAGCAGCCCUGAAGGUUGGGCUUUACAGUCUGCAGCUGAAAGAAACUCGACUGGCUAAAGAGCAGGAUCUGAUC